AUUGUCACUCAACAAUAUCGCGGUGUAAUCGACGAGACACAAUUUUAAAAGGUAUUAAGUACUUUCAUUUACUCUGGCAUGAUCAUUUUCUCGAGAAGCAACAUUCAUAAUUAUGAUACUAUGAUUGGAGGCAACAAUAAAUGCAACAACGAUAGUUCUGGCAAAUUGGUAUUUAUAACGUAAUCGUUAGCAGUGGACACGUAAUUCACGACCGAUUACGGUUCAGUUAUUCCACUAUAAAUCCGCAGUCGAAGCUGUUAGCUUCGUUUCGUUUGUUGGUUUUUGCGCGAAUAUUAAGUCGCGGCAUAGAACAUGAGGUAACAGAACAACGUAUGCUCUAAGCAAGUUUAUUGCAGUUUAAAUUAUAUACCGCCGCUAACUGUUUCAGCAAAACAUUCUUUCUUAAUGAGCGUCUUAUUUCACGUUCGCCGUUGCUCAUAUUUGGGUUAACAUAUGGAGGAAUGUUCCCCUAUAUGCGAUCCUGUCACAGGAUGCCGACAUUUUUUUCUUUAUUUCAGCACGCGCACGUUAUUCAUAAAAAUAUCGGACAUCAACGAUAAUACGAUCUCCUAAUCAUUACGAGGGAGCAAAAUGAAAAUCGCAAUUUUAAUUGAGCUUUAUGGUGCAUUCUAACGGCAUCAAAGUUAAUAGAAGUUCGAAUUCCAAAGUUUACGGGCUUUCCACGGAGCUUGAAAUUACUUUGGAAAUGAGAUUAAUAUCAAUCAAUUGAUACGUCUUUUGUGAUCACAUCAUAUUUUAAGACAAGAUAGAAAUACAUCUGAAAGGAGAAAAGAUCCAAUCUACUAAAUUUAACUAUUUAUCGGAAUUUCAAUUACGACGAGCAGCAUCAUAACAUUUUGAUUAAUCUUAGAAGUUCCUUUUAAAAGAUUUCACUUGCAAACGACUUAUCGCGAUCAUUGGCACAACUUCGAGAGAGUAUCGUCACGUUUACUAUACCGUCGAUUCAUGUUCGAUUCAUCAAACACACGCUAAAAGCAUUCAGGCGUAUCCUGAAGAGACGAAGAAACGUUCGAAUCGCUCAUAGCUCUACUUACAGGAUGCUAAUUGGAAGAAUGGCAAGAGAACGAGGAUAGUCGCGGAGGAAGAUAGAGAAAGCAAGGAUGUACGAGGGGGAGAGAAGGUGAGACCGGUCCGGCAAUUUACCAGUCGAUCGAACGGUCGCGAACGGUCAGAGGAACGCAUUCGCCGAGGUAUCGCACAAGCUAAGGAGUUGGUGGCGAUUUAAAGGCGGUGACCAAGGAAUAAGCUUCGAGGUGUCGACGUCUACUGUCACAGCAACGCCACGCGUUCGCGCAAACCGUCGACACGCAACGUGAAACCGAGCUUAUGACUCGCAUGAACGACUAUGAACGGCGGUGAUAUCGUCCGCCGCACACCGCAUGAACCGUCUGAUAGCGAGAGUAAUGGCGCGAAAAUUAGCGAAACUGACAGCGAGGAAGACGGAUCUUGCUAUUCCGAGAUCCGUUGAUGGAAAAUAUCGAAGCAUGUGUGAAGCAAUCGCGAGUGUGUCGCUCUUAUUUAAGUGUGUCCUCUUCCACCCGUUUAUUAUCGCUUAUUAUAGAGAAAGGUAUGCGAGAAUACCGGAGACAGAGUAAAACAAGCAUGAAGAUAGCGUACAGGCUAGCGUGCUCCUCCGAGGAAGGACCAAGUUGAUCGAAUGGAAUCGUGCAUGAAUAAGAUAGAAGCAGGAUGAAAGGGAGUGGAUCAGGAAAAAGAUAGAGGGAAAAGGAUAUCGAGUACGCGUGCACGAGGCAAAGACUCGGCCUGGUAAAUAGUAGAACAAAGCUGGUUCUCGGUGUUUUCCGGCUAGGGAAUAGGAUAGAUAUCGUCCAUAUCUAUCUUGAUACCAUGUCUUGAGAGCAUGAGACGGUAGCAACGGUCGGCGAGACAAAGAGGCGACGAGCGGUUCUCGGUCGUGGUUGAACGGAGACAAGUUGCUGCGCUGCCUGUCGAGGUGGGGAAUCAUCGACAACGACGGUGGACAGUCAUGGCGAGGAAGAGAAGCUCUGAGGAAGCUCGUGGAAGAGAAGGGGAGACCGUGUGUUCGCUCAGAGAGGACAGCUGGUAUCGACGGCGACGGCGUUCUCUCGUGAAGGUGAUACCGAUGGCAUCGGCCGUGGUAGCGUGGUCGGCGUUGCGUCGGUGGUGGUGGCCGAGGAUGCUGGUUAUGGUGGUGGUGGUGGCCGAGAGGACGCGGAGGUAGUGGUGGUGGUCCAGCGGGCAUAUCGUGCGGGCCCGACACUUGCUCUCGACAAGAGCAGGAGAGAGAUUUGCCCCCUCCUGCCGCGGGCGGCGCCACUCGAGGAGAUCCUUUCCUCUUUUCGCCUCUAGGCCAUUCUCGAGAGGCGCGCGCGGCAACGCGGUGUCGCACGAUCGGUCCUCGUCGACCUUCGAUUGAAUACGCGCGCUUCUACGUGUUUCUACCAGGCUUUUCGCGCAUCGAUUUUUCCAAAAUUGCGACACGUUGCACCGCGAUCCGGAGUCCGCAGGUUAUCUUCUCGACGGUUCCCUCUUGCUCUCGUGUGGCUGUCUUCGUGCUACCGUGACCGCCCUCUCCGCCCCCACGUGACACUGGCGGCCACGUGACUCAGAUCGAGACCGCGGAUCUUCGUCGUGGGACGUCAACAUCCGUCGCACGACGCCCGAGGGAUAUGCCGUUCCUCUCAACGCACUCUCGCCCGAGGAUGUUUCGACGUGGAUAUUGAUCGGUUGCGUUACGUCUGCGGACUGGCUCACGUUGUUUCCAAUGUGGAUCGUAUCGGCCAUCGAUAAAGAAAACGCGUGUGUUACUUGUUGCUACAUUGUGUCUGCGGAGCCAGGGAAUUUCAGGCUAUCACGGGAGACGCUAACAAACCCAUCGAAGGACAACAAAUUUGAUCGGUGAUUAGCUAGAAAUAUGAGUGAAUGGAAACGAUGAUUGGUGAUCGUGUUAUGGAACGAGGUGAUAAAUACAGCUUCAUCGACAUCAACUUGUUACCAGUGAUAAUUUUAGAUAUCAAUACGUAAACUGUCACGUUUAAUCGAAUACAUUUACAGAAAAGGAAGCCAGAAUUUAAUACUUUUGAUCAAUUAAAACAUAAAUUAUGAACAUGCGCGAAUUGUGGUGCACAAGGUUUCGAGCAUCCAAAUCAGAAGUCGUGAUGCCGACAGGAAGAGUGCGGGUAUCGAUCGGUGCAAUCCUAUUACCGGUAGCGAUCCGCGACUCGGUUCCACGGUGAAAUUGGACCAAACAGGCUAAGUUGAAUGAUAGAACAGUAGUAAGCAAGGAACGUACGUCACGAGCUUGACUCGCCACGUGACUGUUCGCAACUGGCUACGUUUUUACGUCUUUUCAGAACUUUUGCGCUCGGCUCUCGCGGAACCGCCUCCUUCUUCCGAAUGAUCUAGUCGCGUCGACUCGUUGCGAGUGCAUUCGUUCUGUCACUUUCGUGCGUCAUACUAUAGUUUUUGCUUAUAUCACGCAGUCAUGGACAUCGACCAACGCGAGUUCGCUCACAUUUUCGAGCGACGAUACGAUGUCGAUCGCGUCGUUUAAUGCGAAUCACACCGAACGAGGAUAUUGUUAUGCGGUGACGAUCGUGUUAUUAAACUGCACAAAGAGGUCGCCCGCAAGAAUUCAGGUUUCUACGUCAUCGAUCAGCGAAACCGGUGGAAAGUCGGAGACUUUAAUGCCCGCAGAGACGCGCACCGUGGGAUCGUUUUACGUCUGGUUUUAAAGUUGCGUGCUCCACGCACACGUAAAGCGAUUUCGUUCCAGUCGCUUGUUGACUGAAAGUCGAUCGUUUCGUCGACGAAUCUUACUACCUCCGGUAAAUUUGGGUUUGGAAUAGAUUUAGACAUAAGCCAAAAGAGUGUAAACUUUAUAAUCAUCUUAAUUAAACCGAGCUUCAAUCAAGCUGCAAAGAAACAUAAUUCGUGCGUAUCACUCCACAAUAAGACACUCGAACGAGGAUUUUUAACGAAUUCCAAAUAAUCGUUAAUUCCAUCUCCGCGACCAUCGAGUCGAAAUCUUUAAACACCUGUUCACGAUCGGAAUUCGCGAAGUUUCUCGUUUCGUACACAAGCACUCGUCAGCAGGUAUUCCUGCUCGAUUCAGCGACCGAUCAUCCAGAGGAAAAAGAGGGUCAGACUGGUUUGGAAAAUUGGAUGUGCUCCGGCCGGGGUCCUGUUUAGCGGUGAGCGGCACCGUUAUCGGGGACAGGCGAUUUAUCAGCCCAUUGUCUUGGGGCGGGGUAAACGCGAACUCGAUUAUCGGGCUUCGCCACGAAUGUACGAAUCGUACUGGGAUCGUCAAAUCUGGUGACUUUAACAAACAUAAACGCGGAUGUACGCGCGAAGAGGAAACAAGCUCGUAUAGAAGAAAGUGAUUAAUGAGAGGAAGUCUCAACGAGUAUAACUCUGAUCAAAUGUCAACGAAGCGAUGUUCAUAGGAGAAGAUCGAUUCGAAUGGAAAGUGAUUAAUAGACCUGGAAUCGUGUCGCAGAUUGAAACCGUGGGAGGAAACUCUCGAUCAUCGAUGACAAUCUAAUUAGUUUCCUUUUAAGAGUGUUUAAUAGCAGCGCUGUGUAUUAAAAUAAUUUUAUAAAUCAUCGUUGAAAAAAAAACAUCCUGGUCAGAUGUACCUAUUUAAUCGUUAAAACGAAUCGUCGAACAAACGAUCACGUGAAUAGAAAAGGGAAUUGGGCACCGAAGGAAGGCUCUAUGAACGUGCAUCCGUACUCACUGGAUGAGUGGAGGUGCCUCGUUGCCACCUCUUGGCAACCGACGCAAAUUGUCCCGUCGAAGACGAGACCCGACUGUCCGCGAAUUCUGGUGAUCGUGACCGAGGAAGCAUCUGUGCCGGGAAAAGUGGCUCAUCAUGUCCGUGCUGGAAGCUGGUGAAGCCGACAGGUCGACGAUGUCACCACUGGACGAAGUCGUGUCCCCGACGAGCGUCGAGUCGGAACUGAUGGUUACCGACAUGUUGGACGAGCACGAGACCACGCUGAACGAACAUAGAGACGGCAAGCGUAAGAGAGACACAGACGGCGACGAGCUCACACCCAGGAAAUUACCCUCACUCACCAGGAACAACAACGACGUGGGCUUUGUCCUCGAGGAGAGCGCCGACGAUGAUCUCCACGAGGACAGGGAUGAUGACCGAUUAACUGGUCACGGGGGUAUUUCCUCGCUGGGCGGUGGAAAUUCCUCACCGUAUUCCGGCGCCCAUCACCACGGUCACAGAGGCAAUGGAAACGGCAGUGGGAUGCCCCAUCACGGGGGCGCAUCGUUGCCCACCGCCUCCGACUUUCAACCACCGUACUUUCCACCCCCGUUCCCUUCGCAUCAUCAUGCGCCGGCGAGCCCUCAACAUCCGGGUCUUGGCCAGCCACAACAUCUCGAUUACCUCGUCGGCGAUCCAUACACGCAGACGCUCAACACGUUGCAUCAACAUCACUAUAAUCACUUGAGUGCCGCUGUCACGGCUGGCCAGAGGAGUGGUGAUCUCAGGAGGGACGCAGAGGGCAUCCAUGUGACGAAUAUGCAUGCGUCGUUUCCGUACGACGGUGGGCGCAGUAGUGGCGGAGGUGGUGGCGGCGGAGGUGGCGGAGGCGGUGGCGGCGGCGGUGGAAGGGGCGUCGAAUAUGGCGCUGUUCGCCGUCCUGACGCCCUUCUACCACCCCCGGGUCUCGACCAAACCGACCUCGUUCUCCACAGCAGCCUCGUAGACGACCCCCAGGUGAGCGACGAUAACACAAAUGUAGACGAUGGAGGGUUCAUGAACGACCUGCCUCUCCUAAAAAACAUGAAACCAUCGGACAGGAGUGAGAAGGCGAUGUUAAGUGGGAACGCGCAGCCUUCGGACGUGUUCUGUUCGGUUCCAGGACGAUUAUCGUUACUAAGCAGCACCAGCAAGUACAAAGUUACGGUAGCCGAGGUACAAAGACGACUAUCGCCACCGGAAUGCUUAAACGCGAGCCUCCUCGGUGGAGUCUUACGGAGAGCAAAGUCCAAAAACGGCGGACGUCUGCUUAGGGAAAAAUUGGAGAAAAUUGGGCUAAAUUUGCCAGCAGGAAGAAGGAAGGCCGCCAAUGUCACACUUUUAACAUCCUUAGUGGAGGGAGAAGCCAUUCACCUUGCCAGAGACUUCGGCUAUGUCUGCGAAACCGAAUUCCCUGCGAAACAAGUUGCCGAAUACCUCAGUCGGCAGCAUUGUGAACCACAAGAUUCCUACAGGAGAAAAGAACUUCUUCAUGCCACCAAACAAAUCACCAAAGAGCUGAUGGAUCUUCUCAAUCAAGACAGAUCGCCACUUUGCAAUACACGGCCGCAACAUAUCCUCGACCCAAGCAUACAGAGACACCUAACACAUUUCUCUCUCAUAUCACACGGAUUCGGAAGUCCUGCAAUUGUAGCCGCUCUUACGGCAAUACAGAAGUUCCUAAGCGAGUCCCUGAAUCACCUUGAGAAGAUGUACCCAGGCAACGGGAGCGGCGUGACAAGUAGUCAGCAAUCGAACCUCGACACGAAUAAGAGCAAGGACGGCACGUUGAUGAACGACAUGAAGAAGUGACGCCCAGAGGACCCGCCUACCUCGAAUGUGGUCACUUCAAUCAGGCACUCCUGGCCGUACAACUGAGUUUUCGCGAGUUUUGCUAAUCGCGAACAGCUUCUGGUGGACCACUGAAACGACACGUAUGUCCGCGCAGCCACGAGCUCCAUUGUAUAAUCAAGAAAAGAAAAGAAAAGAUAGAAAAAUAAACAUGAAGAGAAACGAAGAGAAUGGACGAGAAAGGAGGCCUACUCGAAGAAAUAUUGGCGCGACACGUGCGGAUAUCCGUGUUCGCCGAGGUUGGCUGGUCGAAAGUGUACUAGAUAAAUGAAUGACGAGACGUCACAAGAAAUGUGCAAUCGUGGACCUCAGACAGGGUUCAUCGAAUAUCUGGUCGAGUCGAAAUGACCGGCAAUGAGAUAUAAACAAGACACUAUACUUCAUUUAUCCUUGGUUUAACGGAAAGAACAUAGUCGGCGUAUUUGUAUAUCGUUUCGAAGAAACAUCGAGGAUCUUUGAUUCGCGGAUCGAUCCGCGAUUACGUUCGUUACAACAAGGAUCUGCUCGAGUAAAAUAUAGGAAUUGUAAUGAAAUGUAAUUACCGUUUAUUCUUUCACUGCCUGCUCAGUCUUGAAACGCAUCUGUGUCAAACGAGAAAGAACGUAUCGAUCGAUUCGACGGGAUCCGCGAUCGUCGUGAUAUAGAGUUGAAACUUUUAUUACGUCUUCCCCGUUUAUUUUCAUAGGUUCUCUCUCGUGUGCGAUCGCACACCAAACGGUUCGAAGAUAUUUAUACGCAUUACGAUUACUUGUGAUAGCUUUAGUGAUAGUUGAAACGUUUGUGCAAUCGUUAUGACUUAAUUCUCGCCCAGAUCUUUACAAAUUUCGCGUUUUAUUGAUAGAAUACAGUCUAAUGGAAUGAUUAAAAGUUCCAAAUAAAGCAAAAUAUAAUGUGAAAUGUACAGAUUCAGAUGUUGGCUAGAAAUUCAUUUUCAAUUCCAGAUAAAAAAAUUUAUUUAAAGAAGGCAAAUCUAUUUAAAAAAAAAAUACACAAAAAUAUAUCCGGACUAAUUGAAUUUGGAUGUCUACGCCUGCGUCCGCUGCUACGACUCGAUCGAUACGGCGAAUCGAUCGAUAAUCAAAAGCACACACAGAGGUACGACAAAAAAAAGAAAGAAGCGCAGUUCACAGCAACCUUUUAUUUCUCUCCGUAUAAUUUUUGGGUCGACUAUUUAUAUUGCUCAAGCAUAACUAUUCUUUGCUCAUUACCGAGCGCCCGACAUACGCGCAGUAUCGAUCAUGACGCUGUUACGUAAGCAUUAAUAUUGUCAGCGUAGUGAUAUAUCGCUCUCUAUACCGCGUACAACUUACAAUUUUAUGUCUGCGACUGUAAAUCCAUUUGCGAACGUUUUAUGGACCACAUUUAUAUCGACUGACUGAGUCUACCGCAUAGAACAACUCAACUUCAUUUAUAUCUAAACAUGCUAUAUGCAAAAGCUACUGCAUAUUCAUGGUCCUUACAAGUUUCCUUAUAAACGUACAUUCACCUUAUGAUUCGGGCGUCCUUUAUGGGAUUUCUUAUCGCUCAAGUUCUUCGUUUAUCGUAAAAGAAACCAAUUUAUCAUACAAUUACUGUACUACAUUCCACAAAUGUAGUACAAAAAAUAUAUUUAACUCGGAAAUUAAAAUUAUGGACUCAGCCAUGAAAUUUUUUGACGUUAUCGUCUACUUUUCAUCUCUUGUCCUGGCCCUCUCGUUAGAAUCUCUACGACGAUUUUCCAUGAGAAUAUGGAAACGUAUGAUUUGGAUAAUUUCAUGCGAGACUAGACAAAGAUGUUACAACGAGAGAAAAAGGAAAAAGAUGAAAAUUCACGCGGUGAGAACAUGCAACAGCCGUCUGAGGCUAAAAAAGUAUUAAUUUAAAGACGUUAUCUAUUGCUUUAGUAACUGAUCACGUUUUGUUUAAAUCAAAAUACGGACACGAAAAUGUCUGAAUCAUCGUUCGCUGCAGUUGCGUGUUUAUCACGGUGAUCGCCGAUUGUUAUUCGCAUUCAAGACGAUAACACUGUUUUCGAACGAUUUCCUGGUAGUCAAUUAGGGAUUUAUGAUACGAGAUAGUUUUCUAUUGAACGCGUAUUAAGAGCUACUUUUAUUCCACACUCGAGCUUUUAAUCGAGAUCCAUUCCAAUUCAUCCACGUAAUAAAAGAUUUUCUUCUUGAAUAGCUAGUUGGAGGUAUACCGUGCGAAUUUCGCUCUCCAAGUAUUUCCAUUAAUAAUUCGAUCAGCUAUACAUAAUUUCACACGAAAACCCUUUUAUGAUCUCUUAACACGAUGAUCCCUAUUUAACGUUGCAAUUUUCGGACGAUGUUUCGAUGCUUCGUUAUUGCGCUCGAUCGAUCCACUUCGCGUACUUGCCACGUAAUAACACGUAACUUUCAUAGAUUUGUAGCAUAAAUCUCCAUCAAUCUCUGUAAUUGAUACGACGGAUAGAUUGAAUAAACGAGUAACGUAUGUAACGUACAUACUUUCAAAAGAAUUGUUAAACGACGUCGAACAAUUUACAUUCGUUCGACGAUUGGGAUAUACGUUUCAAUCGGUUGUUUGUUUCUAACUUGUAUGUAUUUAGAAAAAUUGAUGCUGCGAAGCCGAAUUUAGCGAUUUCCAGUAGCGAGUGUAUCAAUCAUCGGUAAUUCGACUACGUAUUUUGCUCCUUGUUACAACUGCUCCAUGAAUUUCGUUUAGGAAAUACGGAACAAGGUUUAGGCGUGUGCGAUCGUCGGUGCCAAAAAAUUUAAGAAAAAGAAGAAGAAAAAGUCUAAGGAUCAUUUCCGAGGAUCAUUUUCAUCGUGCCAAUGUGAAAGUUGCCAUUUGAGAUGUGCCAAUUAACGAUAUCGAGUUUAGAAAUGUAAGAACCAGCGACUAGAAGCGAGCAGCCGAAGAUACCAAGAUCGAACGAAUGCCGGAAGAUCACCGUUUAAGUUUCUACGAAACGCAUUUCGAACUUUCGUUUCAUAGAAGUUAUAAAUGAAAUGAUCGUAGUAAAGGAACGAUCUCGAUUGUUGAUAUAAUGAUGUCGAAAGUAUUGGAAAAGUUUCGUGCAAGAAGGGAAAGAAAUCGGGCAAGCAAACGCGGAGUAGAAGCACGAGAGAUUGCGUUGAAGUACAAUACCAGGUGAACCUGAGACAUAUCUAACUUUGUAAUUAAAUCUUAAGCGUAUGUAAAUGUAAGAUUAAGAAACCUGAUCGAAUGUCUCGCGUUCCGGGAUAAUAUGUACAGAGUAUUUGAAUCUUUCUUGUGAUAUAAUCAUAAUAUUACUAAGACAUAAACGAAUAACGCAAAGGAAGAACGAAAGGCGAAAAAAAAGAACACGUAAAAUUACUAUUAUCAUUCCAUGUUUUUUCAUAGAGGUGAAGUACUAGCGUGAUCGUGGAGGGCAUCAAAUAUCUCUCCGUUUUUUCAUUUACUGAAGAGACACAACCUUCGAAGUUUACUCAAAGUAACUCACGCUAAUCCCGACUAAUGUAUCGAAUUUUUAUUGCGUCGACAAAUUUUAUGUCCAACGAUAAAUGUAAUUUUCUCCUCUUGCGAUGUUGCGUGCGCUUCGAUCGCAGUUUUCUUCAGUCAAAAAUUGAGGAAGAAAGAAAAGAGAUAACGAAAAAUAGGAAAAGAACUUUCCUCCAGCUUUAAGACCAACGCCGUGAGUUUAGUUAGAUCAUGAGAAUGAAAGAAAAACAGAUAAAAAUUCUAGAACCCUUAUUUUCAUUCACGAUUACUUAGGCGACUCGUUAGACUUAAGGUCCCGUAAAUUAAUACUUAUUUAUAAUCCUUAGAACGGCCGUAGAAAGACGUUUUUCUACCAGAAUUUCUGUGCCAACUGCAAAGAAUGUUGUAGAUCAUUUCUGUUCCAAGUUGAAGCAUCAUUCUAAUCUUGUAAGAUACUCAGAUAUAUCUUUAUUAAUUGAAUUUCGUAGUAUAUUAUAUUCUGAUAUUGAUUAUACAGUUCAUUUUUGUAUAUUGGUGUGUGAUAAAUAAAUAAGAAUAUUGUUUCUAAGCAACUUACACACUCAUGUUCAGUAUGAUCCUAUUUAAUCGUUUUAGGUGGGUUUUAACGACUGAAUACUUUGAGCUCAACAUUCGUACUAAUGAAUUUUUAAUUUUAAGACAAAUUUUAUAUAAUGAGAUUAUAAAAAUUAUUUAAAAAAUGAAAGUUUAUUAAAGCGUCAUAAUGUUAACGAUCGUUGAGUUCAAAGUAUCGAAUAUGUACUUAUGUAGCAAGAAUGUAAAACAUAAAAAGUGUUCAAAAGUU